AUGCUGCAGUUUCGUUUAACUCCUUCCGUAGGUGUUUGUCCUGACGGUCUACAACCAUUGAACGAUCCUCGUACUCUUCUUCCAACACCAUGUCGUGCCAAUCAGCAUGAUGCUUGUCCUGCUACAUUUCACUGUCUUUAUCAUCCAUUCAGAAGGCGGCAUUUCUGUUGUGGCCCGGGGAAACAAGCAGAGGUGUGCCCAAAUGGAACGCGCAUGAUUCGUCUUGGAAGUGGAGAUCCAAUGGGAUGCAACAUACAGGCCCAGUGUCCUGAAGGAGCACACUGUCACCUUUCUGGCUCUACUUAUUCUGGGAUUUGCUGCAAGAACCUCUUGAGCAUUUGCCCACCAGGAUUUGUUCUGGAUCGAGACACCCAGAGCGAAUGUUCUCCACUUGAACGGCAUAGUUGUUCAUUACCUGGUUCGCUUUGCUUAUAUACAGAAAUACUACAGAGGUUUAUCUGUUGCAAGAAAGAGCAUCCUCUACUAGCCGCACAACGUAAGUUUUCCGUUACACCUAAUUGCUUUCAGAGUAGACAUGGCCACAUGUAG